UGGCAAAAGAAGAAAAGAUAAACGUGGGAAUAGUUCAUCAUGACAACCUGACACAUCACAUUACACGGUGCGCAUGCGCAACUCGCUGCGACCAAAACGACACAACGUUUCCAUGUUUAUCACAGUACGAUACCGCUGAGAUGGGCAAUAAUAACUUACAUCAAUGUCAAAUGAAAAAGUCGACGUGCCUACACGAAUAAAUCAAUCGGCAAAUCUGAAUGCUGGUAUAAUAACAGACGACGACUUCCUGAGUGAUCAAAACGCGAGCGAGACUCGGACCGGUUACAUCGGCAGAGGCGACCUCUGCGGCCGACACGCACAGACAGCAGCGCGCGCAGUGCGGGAGAUGGCGCGUUGCGCGGCGGUCACACUGUUGGCCGCGUUGGGCGCGCUGGGUGUGCUGGGCGCGGUGGGUGUCGCGGGCUCGGAAGGUGGGCGCAGCUCUGAGGCGCCAGACUUGGCGCAGCUGCUGCCGCCGCUGCUGGGGGCCAGCUUAGAGGAACUGGUGCGCGUCGCCUCUAACUCCUGCGACGCAUUGCCGCUGGACGCCCUGUAUUCGCAGACGCACGUACCCGAUAUUCAGCUGAUAGAGUACGGGCAAGGUUCGCAGCUAACCUACCCACUAUCGGUGGCCCACCAGCGACUACGCGUACUCCUGCCCGCCGCGCCCGCCGCAUCCGCCCUGCCAAUAUACGUGCCCGGCUGGUGGAACACGCCGCACGACGACUCCAGCACUGCCAUAGUCACCGCACUGCUGAACCGCCACGAAACCGUGCUGCUCCUAGACACGCGCCCCGUUUUCUGCAAGGGGUACAUCGCUUCCGCGGCCGGCGUGGGCGGCCUUGCGCACCGACUCUACAAAUUCAUAAAGAGCCUGCAUGCCGAGGGGUGGCCGCUGUCUUCGGUGCGGCUGAUUGGCUUCAGUCUUGGCGCACACGUGGCCGGCGUCACCGGAAAGCUGGUUCGUAAGCACCUGCACCAACGGUUGGAACGCAUCGUGGCGCUGGACCCCGCGCGGCCUUGCUUUGCGCGCCCCUCGCGCUGGCGGCUAGCGAGCGGCGAUGCCAGCUUCGUGCAGGUGGUGCACACAAGCGCCGGCGUGCUCGGCCUCGCGGAGCCGCUCGGGCACGCGGACGUGUACGCCAAUGGCGUGCUCGCACCGCAGCCCGAGUGUGAGGAUCGCAGCGCGGCGAUGGCGCUAGGCUGCGACCACGCGCAGGCGUGGCGGCUGUAUGCGGCCUCGGUGUCGGACGCGCGAGUCCUGAGCGCCCGCCGCUGCGCCAACUGGGCCGAGUUGAACGACGGCGGCUGCGCCGGCGCCGAGACCUCGCUGGGCUACUCGUGUAGCGCCGACUCCCGCGGUCUCUACCUCUACAAGUCGCCGGCACCGGCGCGCAAACGCGAGCCGCAGCUCCGAGUCUUCAAUCCUCUCGACCUCUUCGGCUGGCUACUCCAAAGAUAAUGUUUGUUAGUUCACUCGGUGACACACUUACAGUUUUGAAAUGGUGACGAAGGAAGUCUCUUGGUGUAGUUAUAGCAUCGUCUAAAGCGACUUCAGUAAAACUGUUUAAAAAUCGUGACAACCAAAUAAAAGCACAGUGUCACGGAUUAGACAAAUGCUUCCAGAGUGUUUUAUGUGAAACGUGUCGCUUAACUCAAGCUAUCAUGAUAUUUUUUCCAACUCAGAUCACUAUAAGUGCGUAUAGGUGCGUUUACAUAGUCUUAUAGUAAUUGUACAGCGACAGUGACUGCGCGUAUGUCAUAUACAGUAUUAUAGAAUAAUACUAAGCAUAAUGUUCAAAAUACUUACAGCAUUAAAAUUAUGUUAUACUUAGUUAAUUAAU